AUGGGACCAGACUGUCACAGUGCUGGCCUCACCCUCAAAACACAGAAGGUCCAGACGUGGCUGCAGAACAAGUUCUCCCCUCCACCCAGGGAGGCCAAGGUGCUGGGCAGCACCCUUACUAAAGAGAGCUCUCUGGGAGAGCCGGAGUUGCCCCCUGACUCCGACACCGUGGGGAUGGACAGCAGCUACCUCAGUGUGAAGGAGGCGGGGGUGAAGGGGCCCCAAGACCGGGCCAGCGCUGACCUGCCCAGCCCACUGGAGAAGGCCGACUCCGAGAGCAACAAGGGCAAGAAGCGGCGGAAUCGCACCACCUUCACCAGCUACCAGCUGGAGGAGCUUGAGAAGGUCUUCCAGAAGACGCACUACCCCGACGUGUACGCACGGGAGCAGCUGGCCAUGAGGACGGACCUCACUGAGGCCCGUGUGCAGGUCUGGUUCCAGAACCGCAGGGCCAAGUGGAGGAAGAGGGAGCGCUUCGGGCAGAUGCAGCAGGUUCGGACCCACUUCUCCACUGCCUACGAGCUGCCGCUGCUCACCCGGGCUGAGAACUACGCCCAGAUUCAGAACCCGACCUGGAUUGGCAACAAUGGGGCCGCCUCGCCGGUACCUGCCUGUGUGGUCCCCUGUGACCCGGUGCCCGCCUGCAUGUCCCCUCACGCGCACCCUCCUGGCUCCGGGGCCAGCAGCGUCACCGACUUCCUGAGUGUGUCCGGGGCUGGCGGGCACGUGGGCCAGACGCACGUGGGUAGCCUGUUCGGUGCGGCGGGCCUCAGCCCCGGGCUCAAUGGCUACGAGCUGAACGGGGAGCCGGACCGAAAGACCUCGAGCAUCGCGGCGCUGCGCAUGAAGGCCAAGGAGCACAGCGCGGCCAUCUCCUGGGCCACAUGACAGGGCCCCUCCCGUCCGUCCCCGUGCCCGCCAAGCCCGCGCUUCCCAGGACCCCAGCCUCCCACUCGACUUUCCUCCUAGGAACCUGGCCUGGCCCAGGGGCCUGACCCUCAGCACUUUCAGCCACCCCAAGUCUUAAGCCCUGGGGACCGCGGGAGGGAGGGGUACAGACCCCUGCGGCUCCGUGGCACUGAGGCAGGGACCUGUGUUCCCAGGCGCUGGCCAUGGAGACAGCAAGGUGCCCGGUCCUGCGGGUUUGUGUCCGUUACGAGCUGAAGGCCCUUUUCCCGCUCCUGCUCCUCUGCCACCCGCUUUGACCUUGCGUCAGAGUUAGCUUCCCCUCCAGAGCCAGCAGCAGUGACAGUCAGUCUGGUCCACCUGUGCCUUUUCUGUGGGGUCCCCCUGUCACCGGGCCAGUGGCUCUGUGCCUGCCAUCUGGCUCCUGUCCCUGUUUCCCGAGAGCACAUGAACCCCACCUCCUGGGCCCCAGCGACCCAGCCUGGCCGCCCCUGCGCUGGACACAUCCAGCGGCACAGGCAGGAGUGGGAGCCAGGGACCCGCGGCCACCCUGGAAAGUGGCCAGACCCUGACGUCUUGAGACUGGUUCUAGUGGGCACUGCAGGGAGAAGCCAGGACCCCCGGGGCCACCUCAUGCUGGAGCAAGAGGAGCUCUGGGAGAGAGCAAGGCCUCGGGAGGUGGCGUCGCUGCACCAGGAGGUCUGGAUGGCUCCAUCUUCCGUGUGCUUGGUGCUUCCAUGUCCCCGGAGCCCCUGCAGGAGGAUCUGGGGUGCCUGUCCCUUCCUUGCCUCCCCGUCUCAUCACUCUUGGAGUGAAAGGACUUAAGACUCGGAAUACAUAAGCUAGGCCUAGGGCCUUGGCAGCAGGGGUCAAGAGCAGUAUCCUCAGGCUCUACCAGGGGAAUCGAGGCCAUGCUUGGGCUUCGGGCAGGACGGCUUUUCCAUCCUCAGCUCACCCCACCCGCCACCUCGGGCACAGCGUCAUCCCCAGCUGGUGGGGACUCUGUGUUCCUCCGGGCCCAGGAGACAGUGCUGUGCUCAGCAUGGCCUUCCACACACUCUCAGAGCCUCCCUCCUGCUGCUUCCCUGGGGCACAGUUCUGCCCGCCUCUCUGCCUCCUGGAGCCAGGCUUCCAGCCUGCAGAAACACGGCUCCCUGUCGCCUGCCUUGACCCGGGCCUUCCCUAGCCAGAGUCAGACCCUCUCAUGGAUGCUAGCUCUCGAGUUGAUCUUAGAUAGGAGAAAGGGGUCUCGGACGGCAGAUUAAAUGUUCUCAAAAGCUUGGCUUCCCGAUAUUUGAGGAUCUUGGAGUGACUCUCAGGAAUCCUCUGGUUCGGAGGUCCACUGAGGUAACUCAUUCUCCCCACAGCCUGGCCAGGGAAAGGCGGGGCAGAAGGAAGGGCAGUCUGGUUCCUUUGCGAAGGCCUCGUGGCGAGGCAGGACAUGGGAGGAAGUUGCUCACCCAGGGAGAAUCAGCACAAGGAAAGGCAGGACAGGGCCGGAGGAGGAGGGUGAAGGGGGGCUUUGGGUGGAAUCUUCUGGAAGGGACCUCCUUGGAGACAAUUCGUUCCUCUGGGGGUGUGCUCUCAAGUCAGGCCAAUGUCAAGCGCAGGUCUUGGGAAGAAAGAGCUUCCAGGCGGAGACAUUUGGCUGGCCAUGGCUGCCUCUUCCCUGCUGGGGCCCAGACAGGUUCAGGACUGCGCGUGCUGGUGUCAGACGUCCCCUUUCCUCUCUCCAGAGGCAGUCAUCACCCCCGGCCUGCCCACCCUCCAGGAACAGGUGGUCACCAUGUUGGAAGAGAUCUCAGACGCCCCCUCAGUAGAGCAGUGCCCUCACCCAGAGCAGAGUGACCCAGGCCACGGUGACAGGAGCAGGGCCACGCUGCCCAGGCUCCAAGGCUUGGGCCCAGCUGGCUCUCAGGGUGGUGGGUGCUGGCUGGAGAGGACAGGGAGGGCACCCUGGUUCCCUCCAGCAGGGACAGAAGCAGCAGCCCCAAGGGUGGCCACCUGGCUUCCUCGGGGACUGGGGCCCAUGGAGGUGGUGAGAAGACACUGCAGCGUGGGGCUGGGGGUUCCCUUUGCUCUUUGCCUGACGUCUCCACAGAGACAGCCGCUUGACCAUGAAGUGGUGGGUGAUAGCCAGCCACAGAGUGGGCACCGUCCCCGGCCUGGGAGCCUGGCGUCCCUGCAGGGCCAUGUGCCCAGGCUCCACACCAGGGCUUUGCCACCUCUAAAAGCAACCCCUCCGUCCAGGUCCAGGGGUGAGGGCGAUCAAACCUUCCCUGAAUUCUUGUAAUCAUGCUUGAUGCCCCCCUGGCGGGCAGGUUAAAGUUACUGCGAUGAGCGGGGCACAGCACGACUGAGGGGGUCCCCAGCAUACACUGCUGUGACAACACCACACCCACUUCCUGUCUGUUCUGCUGGGGAGACCAAGAACGUUCCCGUGACCAUGCCACAUGCCCUGUAUCCCCAGUCACUCCCUGGGCUACACGAGGGGGACGUGGAUGGACCUCUGGGGCUGCUGGUGUGCUGGAUGGCCCUGCUGUUGGGGGCACAGGCAGACAGGCCUGGCUGGGACAGGACAGCUGGCGGACUGGCCCCCUCGGAUAAUAAUCCACAGUCAUACAAUUGACAAGUGAGACGGUGACAAAAUCCACUUCCCAAAGUCACACCAACCCCACUUCACUGCUUUCAGGGUGCUUAAGGGAGGGAGGGUGCUCCUGUUGGAUGGUAUUGGUGGCAUUGAAUGGGACAUUUGCUCCCCUUCCCCUCCUUUGUCGCCCUUCCCUGUCAUACAUAGAGCUAGGCCUUUAUACUACUGAUUUUGAGGACAGUUUCAGUGUCGAGUAAUCUGUUUGGUGUGCAGUGGUUAACACAGCCGAGUGUGCGAAGGAACAUGGACCUCAGCCAAUACUUACUGUCUCAUUGUAAGAUAUUUUAACCCUGUAUAAAUGCAACUUUUCCUUUAGCUUAAUGGCCUGGGGUGGAAUAUUAAAAAUAUCUAUGAAAACUUCAGAAAAAAAAAUGUUAAAAAAAAAUUGAGGUGGGUCCCAUAAAGUUUUACUGCCUAUACCACCAUGUAACUACAUUAUAGCAAAAUAUUAAAUGUUCUUGCCUUUUAAAGUAAGUUAUUGCACUUACAUCUUUCCGGGGAGGGGAGGCGUGUGGGCGAGAAGGAGGCGUUGGGGGCCGAGGCACUGGGUGGAGCGGAGACCGCUGGACGCGCCUCAGUGCCCCGGCACGGCCCGCACUGUCUGUUUGGCUGUUGUUGUUUGCAAUAAACUCCUCUUCCUCCUCUCAA